UGUGGUUUCGCUUUAUUUUUGCUUAAUUUUUUAAAUAAUAAUGGAAUUACAUUUUUUAAGUAUUGUAUACACUCCUGACAGAAGUAUGAGCCAACGUGUAAAAGCCCACUUGUGCAGUAAUAAUACCACUAUGGCAUACUGUGAAAUACUAUUGUCAGCAAAACAGAGGGCAGGUAUCCAUUGUUUUUUGCUGUGUUAGCCACAUGGCAGCAGGGAUGGAUGCCAGCCUGCUGAUUGCCAGGAUUUACUCAACAGCUAUUGGAUGGAUUUUUCCCAGACUUUAAGAGGAUGACGAGACACUAUUAUACAUUUAAUGAGAUCAAACUUUCAGUUUGUCCAAUACUAAUUACAGAGUCACUUCAAAACUAAAGACCUUCACAUCAGUCUCAGCUGGAGCUUGUGUUUACUGGUCUUUGUUUUCAAUGGUAAGGUCAUGUGAGUUUCCCAAGGUUUUGCUGCCUGUAAACCUUAAACUUCAUGUAGCGACUGGAUUUUCACAUUGAAAUCAAAUUUGGGAGAACAAGUAAACAAGUAAUAAAUUAUGUCAAUGAAGGUGAAAAAGGGUAAAAUAUAAAAUUUUAAUAGGGUUAAUACAGUCAAUAACUCUGAUUUUUGGAGGUACUUGCGUAAAAUAUACACCCAAUUUUUGUAUUAAUGGCAGCUCAAAUUACUACACAUAAUAUUAAAGACUCACAUCAUAGGGAAGAACCCACAUGUAAUUUAAUCCAAAGAAAGCUUCUGCUUUGUUACCACAACACAUGUACACAUGAUGUCUAAUAUCAGAUUAACUGAGUUUAUGCCACCUUCUCGUAUUUAGCAGCUCAAAAGCCACAUUUUUCAUCUAAUAAGAUUUAUCAACAUCAUAAAUCAAUAAUCAGUUGUUCCUUGUUGUUAAUGGGGUUGUGCUUCUGUAAAGUUACUCUACCAUGGCUAAGAAAUUCAUUAGUCUUGAGCCAGUAGUAAAGACAUCUCUACAUGUCUUAUCAGAAGGAGGGGGGAAAAGAACAGAACAGUAUCAGUGAAAUCCGCCUAAUCAAAUUAGUGUGGAAAUCCUCUGUUGUUCGGUCCCUAGCCUGUAGGAUGACUUGGCCCUCUGAGGACUCGACUAGUUAGAUGACACACUUCCCUGUUGGCCCCUCCCUGUGGAGUUGGGGCCAUCAGUGUUGCAGUGUGUGAAGAAUAAUCACAGAAGCAGAGUAGGAAGGAACAGAGUUAAAUUUAGUCUGCAGACAGGGACAUUAGCAGCAAAAAACCAGAAACAAAAAACAAGACAUCCUUAGAAAACACAAUAAGGAUGUUCUUAUAUUGUUACACUCUGCAAUGCAGCCAAGCUUCACCUAAAAGACGUUGGUGGUAAAGCUGCUCUUUGGAGAAUUUAACAGUUGGUAAGUUAGUGAGCGUGCAGCACAGGUGCAUGCUCCCCUGUCUAAACGUUAUUAACAAAAAGCUCUCUGUGUUCUAACAUCAUUAAAAGGCACUCUGACAUAACACCUUUCCUCUGCGCCCACCACCAUAUUUAUUCCGCUUUUAUGUCUGUGUGUGUUUGUGAGCAUUCCCAGUGAAGACAGGGAUCGUUGUUAGAGUGAGAAAAUUCACAUUCAUGUCUUUAUCAGACUCUAGCGCCGUCCUGCUAAUCAGCCAGGGGUCAGCUGAUUCGUACACCAGUAGACCAUCUGAUUCAGACCUGUCAGCAGAGGAGGACCGCGAGGCGUAUCGGCGUGAAGCCGAGCGCCAGGCACAACAGCAGCUCGACAGAGCUAAGUCCAAACCUGUAGCGUUUGCAGUAAAGACAAAUGUGAGUUACUGUGGAGCUCUGGAUGAGGACUGUCCAGUCCAAGGAGCUGCAGUCAAUUUCGAUGCCAAAGACUUCCUGCACAUCAAAGAAAAGUACAAUAAUGACUGGUGGAUCGGCCGGCUAGUAAAAGAAGGAGCAGACAUCACCUUCAUCCCCAGCCCUCUACGACUGGAGGCAAUGCGACUGAAACAGGAGCAGAAACAGAGGAAAACAGGAGGUAACUCCUCAAGUUUAGGAGACAUGGUGACAGGGAGCUGGAGGACGACGCCGCCAUCUGCAGGUGAAUCUAAACAGAAGCAAAAACAGGAACAUGUCCCUCCCUAUGAUGUGGUGCCCUCUAUGAGGCCGGUGGUUCUCGUGGGACCAUCGCUGAAGGGCUAUGAGGUGACAGAUAUGAUGCAGAAAGCUCUCUUUGACUUCCUGAAACACAGAUUUGAGGGAAGAAUUUCAAUCACCCGUGUAACUGCCGACCUGUCCUUAGCCAAGAGAUCUGUCCUUAACAAAAGACCCAUAAUGGAGAGAUCCAACACUCGCUCGAGCUUAGCUGAGGUUCAGAGUGAGAUUGAAAGGAUAUUUGAACUCGCCAAAACCCUGCAACUGGUUGUUCUGGACGCAGACACCAUCAACCAUCCCGCACAGCUCGCCAAAACCUCCCUUGCACCCAUCAUUGUCUAUGUUAAAGUUUCCUCACCAAAGGUGCUCCAGAGGCUGAUCAAAUCCAGGGGGAAGUCUCAGAGCAAGCACCUGAAUGUUCAGAUGAUGGCUGCAGACAAACUCUCUCAGUGCCCCCCUGAUAUGUUUGAUGUCAUUUUGGAUGAGAACCAGUUGGAAGAUGCUUGUGAGCAUUUGGCUGAAUACUUGGAGGUUUACUGGCGUGCCACUCACCUCCCAGGAAACACCCCUCUUAAUCCACUAUUGGAGCAGAGCCUCAUGACCCCGCCUUCUGCCAUCUCUAGCCUACAGAACAAGAACCAGCCGCAGCCUUGUGAGACAGCAGGCUUGGAGGGUGAUGAGGAAGAGGAGGCCGGCGAGGAGGCCCACUCCCCCCUGGAGCAGGACAGUCUUAUGCCAUCUGACGAAGCCAGCGACUCGCUUUCUCGUGGCCGGAGGGGGAGCCCCUGUCACAGGGGGGGCGAGGAGGAUGAAGAGGAGGAAGAGGAAGAAGAGGAGGAGGAAGAUGAGGAGGAUGAAUACGCCUCUCCCUGCCACGCUCGCACAUAUAGGGACAUGUACCCCUCUCACCGCGGCCAUACGGGCGGUGCCCACAGCGCCAACGGGCACGAGUCACAAGACAGGCUGCUCCAGCGCGAAGCUCAGCAAGGUCACAACCAGAGGAACCGCCAGCGCAGCCGCCCCUGGCCCCGAGACACCUACUGAGACAAGGGGCCCCUUCCAGCCUCCAGCUCCCCCCCAAGCCCUCCACCCACCGCACAGGCCCAAACUAGCAACAUAGAGAUGAAAUUUGUUCCCAGAUUCGCCAAACUUUAGUGCCAAUUGGAAACAAACACAAACAGAUGCCCAGUUUAUCGACCAAUCACAAUCUUCCAGGGGGCCUACUCACCUCUGAAAGGGAAAAGUUUCAGGCUACCAGCUGUACGCAAACUCAAACUUUAGCUGCUUUGCCUAAGGUUUCUCUAUUGUAGGAUGUCUCAUAUACUGGCCUUAAAAUUCCUAAGACUUUUAACGAUCUUUACUAUUGCAUGUAUAAUUUUAAGACUAUUUGCACAUUAACGUCAGAACAGGAAGUGAAUGACCUUUAUGGAUAAACUAACGUAGGAAUGUCUACCGCUGAAUCAGUUAUGGGAAAUAGUAAUGCAUUUGAUUCCAAUGUAUAUACUGAAUGGGCACUGCUACUUUAUUUGUUUGAUUUUGUUUAUAUGGACUUGUUUGUUGCCAUCCAUGUGUUCGGUGAACGGAGAUUUUUGGAGAGACAUUGUACAGUCUCUAAACAGUUAAAACGUCAUCGAUAUGAAGCUGCAGUACAGCGUCAGCGUCACCUACAGUGCAGUACGUUCUGGGCAUCGCUCGUCUUUGCUGUUGCACAAUCACUCUCUUAAGAAAAAAAAAUCUUUGAAUGGGCACAGAGAAUGUAAACACAACCAUGAAAGGGAAUGUUUUAAAUCUUUUAAAGGAUGAAUUCCUUGCCAAAAAAACAAACAAAAACAAAAAAAAACACACGCUUGUUUACAUCCACUCAUACACAUAUUUCAAGCACAUGCUGCACAGCUGCAGCUCCUCUUCAAAUCCAGGCUUCAGAGAAUGUAAGCUUGCAUGCCUUUUGCACCUCCAGCACCACUUGGUCGCACAACCUAACGCCCCGUAAAUUCGAUUGUAGCACGUUAUUGAUUGUAGCAUCCACAGUUUCUAAACUGAUCUCACUCCCCUUACAUCCACCUCACUCUCCUCGGAUAUUUUUUGUGUGUCGAACAUUGUUUGCGUACUGCAGUUUUACAGCUGGUUUUUACAAAGGCGGAUCCUCAGGUGUAUGUCCUACAACACUCAUCGCGCUCAGCUCCAUGUAACGACCGUGUCGUGCUCCCCGAGGACUUGUAGCACUCGUGACACGUCAUUCUGUUCCUGCGCCAUUUCUAGUCCGUGAGCCGACGACGAGGUGGACGCGAUGCUGAUAAGCGGCGGCCCAACUCUGUUCCUUACACAGGGUGGAUUGUUGUCACGGCCGGCUGAUAGGAAACCCUGGUUUACUGCUUCCAUGUGUCACAGGUAUCUCUAUCUAGUGUUCUGUAUAUUUUAAAGAGAAAAAAAAAUCAGCAUGAUUGAAAAAAAUAUUAAGAAAAAAAUCUAUGCAAGUGUUGCAUGAAAUCUGAUUGUUUCUUUUGAAGUAUUUUAGUAAUGCAUCGAUUCUGACUCUCCUCGUCGUCUUGUAGUGAUAGUCUUGUCUUUGGGGCUACUCACUCCUCGCACCACCAACAACACGAUUACUAAAAAGAUCUGUUUAUUUCUUCACACACCUUUAACACUGAGGACAUUCUUCCACGGUAAAGUCACUCACUGGGGGGAAAAAACAAAACAAAAACAAAAAAACCCGUCCCAGAUCAGGCCUUUGAUUUUGUUAAUUUGUGAUCUAAUGAGUGGAUUAUCUAAGCCCUGCAUGUCUUAGUUCAACAAUUAGCUCCUUUCGUUAUAUUUUGGCAGAGUAUGUUUUUCAACGCGGACCAAUUUAGCAACUGAUAAAACAGUUGAAGGUUUUUCGAUUUAUGAAGCACAAUUUUUACAAGAGUUAUACUUCAGUUUCCUCUGUCUUAUUCUGUAUGCAAUACAAAGCCUAACAUUGAAAAACUUUAAACGCCUUAGACCAUCUGGACUUCCUCUUUUGUGUGAGUAGAGAAAAAAAAAUUGCACUACUUUUUUUUUGGGAUGGUUGCUUUGUAAUGCAAUAACUGCACUAAAUAUAACCAUAUAUCCACCAGACUACCACAGCGUGCUAGCGUGACCUGACGCGCCUCUUCCCUCUAUUUAUCAAAAGAGAAAGCAAAUGAAAAAGUGAGACAUUUCCUGCCUGAUGCUGUAUAGAAUGCUUUCUAUUUGAAAAUAGAUUUACAAUGUUAAGUAAAAUAUGAAUUAAACUAAAUAAACAUGACAUUUUAUGUACUUUUAA